AUGAGCAACGACGUCACCUACCAGUGGAAGGAGGAGGACGCGGUGGUGGAGGAGGGCGUGGAGCUGGCGCAGUACGACCUCGUCAACAUCUCCGUCUCGCAGGCCAGGACGUUCAUGCGCGGCAAAGAUCCGUACUCGAUGAUCAAGGUGAGCUUCUUGAUGAAGCGGCACACUGGGUACUUCAUGCUGCAAGUGUUCGCGCCGUGCAUCCUCAUCGUGUGCUGCUCCUGGGUGAGCUUCUGGAUCGACCCCGACGCUGUGCCGGCGCGCGUCACUCUCGGGGUGACGACGGUGCUGAGCAUGACGACGAUGGGCUUCGGCGGCCGCGCGCAGAUGCCCAAGGUGUCGUACGCGACGGCGCUCGACUGGUUCGUCAUCCUGUGCUUCUCCUUCGUGUUCGCCGUCAUGGUGGAGUACGCCGUCAUCAACUUCAUCGACAAGGCCACCGGCGACAUCAAGCGCGUGCUGGAGGAGAAGGGCGUCAAGAAGCCGCCCAAGGUAAGACGGGGUGCGCGCCAUCGCAGCGUUAGAGGCUUUCUGCUGCCUCGUAUUGUCUUACGAAAAUGUUUCAAACUACUUAGAUGUCUUCAUAGUGCGUAUUUCUUCAUUAGUGUAGAGCACAUUGAGUCUCCAUAUGUAAGUGUAUUUGUUCCUGAGGAGAAACAUGAGUGGUUUCAGCCCGUGGCGGAGGGGUCGGCGGAGGCGACGGAGGCUGCGGCGGGCGCCGCCGCCUCGGCCGAGGCCGUGGUGCCGGUGCUGGUGGUGGACCUGGCGCCCACGCCCGCGCCCGCGCCCACCCCAUCUACGCGGCAG